CAGUGGAACACGACACCCUUUCUCUUUUUACUGCAAUGAUGUCUUCGGGAAUCUCUAAAAUCACAACCGAGCGAAACCAGCGUACUUUGCUGGAGUUAGUGAUGCAGCCAGGGAACGACAUUUGUGCAGAUUGUAAGUCGCGGAACCCGCGAUGGGCUUCUCACAACUUGGGUAUUUUCAUAUGGUAUGUAUGACACGCGAUUCCGCUGUGUACUGGCAGACGUUCAUCAGAUGCAGCGUCAACUGCGCGAGCAUUCAUCGCAAGCUUGGUACCCAUAUCACGAAAGUAAAGAGCAUCACUCUGGAUGCAUGGACAAAGGAACAGGUUGAAGUCAUGAAGCAAAACGGAAAUAUCAAAUCAAAUGCUUUUUACAACCCUGAUGAAGCUCGCCACCCCCCACCCACCAACAUGAUGGAGGCAGAACGAGAUAGCGAAAUCGAGAAGUUCAUCCGAGCCAAGUACGAGUUUAAGUGGUUCAUGAACUGUAAACCUUCCAAAUCCGUCCCCCCUGCCCGUCCAUUUUCCAAUGCUGUGAUUCCACGACCGAAGUCAACUCCUACGAUGGACCCUGCACCAUUUAAACGCAAAUCCUCUCCUAUUCCUCCCCCAGUCCCUGCCAAAAAUGCCACCCGUGGGGGUACUGGAACGUUGAAUUUCCUUCCUGGCGCAUUAUCUCCAGGAUCUGCACCCGUGCAACCCGCAAGAUCCAUCUCCCACCCGUUGCCUACACCCAGUUCCUCUGCUCCGAUCCAGAAGCCUUCUGGGAGCCAAGUUUGGGAUGAUUUAAUUUCAUUACAAGGCCCUUCGCAAUUCUCUUCUCUUCCACUGCAAUACCAGUCGCAGAACCCAGAACUCUCAUCGCUUCCUUCCCAGCCCCACUCUAUGCCCCUUGCCCAGGCAACUCUCGAUGUAUCGCCCACUCUGUUCUCAACUUUUCAGGGCUCCCACACGAUGCCCCCGUCGAUGUCAUCGAUGAGGAACACCACACCUAUGCAUACCGUAGCUGCUAGUGCGAAUACAAUCGCAAGUCCACAGAUCCCGUUCCAACAUCAAAUUUCGGGCUAUCCAUCUUCUAACACUCUCAACUCGUUUCCUCCACAGAUGAGUGUUGAGGUUUUCAGCGGGACACCCGCUGCGGUACCCCUACCUCAGCAGAAUUAUUUCGCACAAUCAUUCGGACAACCCUCUCAGCCAAUGCUUGGUCAUAUGCAAGACCCCAGCUUCAUGUAUGCACAACCACAAUCACAAGUAGUUCAACAACAGUACCCCCCGCAGCUGCCAUUUGCUGCUACACCAGCAUAUGUAGUGCAGCAGCAGCAGCCGUUAUUUAUGAACAACACAUCUUUUGGAGGGUGGCAGGGUGCGCAUGGCAAUUUCUAAUGGAUAUUUAACUCUAGAUGUCGCUUGGAUUUGAACUCUCAAUAUUCCUACGCCCUUGCGAUACAGAUAUGCUUAGUUGCACUUUUAUUACUCAUUCCAAGCGUCGAUUC